UGACUCAACUCUAGUUCAAUUUCAACCUCCGUAAGCGACGGAACCUACUACCAGCGAUUCUUGGUCGACUAGAAUGUGAUACGGAACAUCCCAAAGUAUGGCGAAAACCAAGUGGAACAUACUGUUUGCAACUUUCGUUCUUUCGUGCCUUUCGCUGGCCACUCUCAUUGUGGCGUUCUGCACGCCGUACUGGAUAAUCUCUGAAGCGCGUGAACAGACAGCCUACAGGAACAGUGACAUACAGUAUGGCCUGUUUACCGGGUCGCUCACUCGGAAUGUUCUGGCCACUUCAGUGCCGUACGAUCUUACAGUUAUCUGUUUGUACGAGCACAAUGUAUGUGUCUACAGCUGCCAAAAGGAGGAAGCUAAACGAGAAUCAGAAGUGCUGGCACUUCUAGCCGGCGAGAAGCCUGCCGAAUGCCCCAUAUCGAGCACCAAAACUCAGUCAAAUCGAGUCAUCGACGAGGAAGUGAAACAGUCCAGUUCUGCGAAAGCCGUAUCCAGGGAUAGCUUUAUCAACGCCGGCCUCUGGUUAACGACGGUGCUGUUUCUAGCGGUUGCCACCGCCUUUGCUGGCGCUUCGGCCAGCUUUUCCAUCAUCAACGUCCUGUUCAACCCGGUGGAACCAAUUUUCAGCGUGUUUGGCCUAUACAUCUGGAAUGGAAUCGUUAUCGGUGCGACCGUGCUGACCAUGAUCAUGUGGGGUGCUCUGUAUGGGUCGUCCGUAAGCAAUAACAUUGCCAUCACGGAUACGCUGACACCGGAAGCUCCGUAUAGUUCGGCAGAUUUGGCGUCGUUAGGGGCCAGCUAUUGGGUACUGUUCAUUCCCAUUUUGCUGCAUGGCAGCAAUAUUGGGCUACUGUUGUGGAGGCAGUAUGAAAUUAAUAAGGAACCUCCUCCGACAACGAUCGACGUGGAUAAGUCGGAUCUGACGAUUAUUAUGUACUAGAGGGGGUAAAAGUGACGAGAAACGGAGUCCAUAGAGUUAAUAAAUUGGAUGUUCAUUCAUAUGUGAUUUUA